UGUUUUUUUUUUUUUUUUUGACUGUCGUUGACGAAGCUUUCCUCAGCUUCACCUUGACCGACUUACACCGUUCUUGUCUCGUUUGUCGAUUUUCUUUCGUCCUGCUAUUGUGGUUGUUUUCAGCGUUUCCCAUCAUGCUUGCUUCGCGUGUUGCUCGUCCUGUUUCCCUUCUGGCACGACCCUUCAGUUCGUCUGCCGUGGUCUCCAGAACCCCCUCCAUUCGUGACAUCACUGCCGACUCGGCUACCGAGUUCAACGCGCGUCAAAAGGAGUUUCGUGAGAAUUUGGAGGUGGCCCGCAAGAAGAAGGAACAAGAGAGUCAGUCUGUCGAUGCUUCUGCUUCAUCUGCCUCUUCCCCUCCCCCUACUUCCCGUGAUCGUUUCCGGGAUGAAGAAUUGAAGAAUCAGUCUCCCAAGCGUGGUGCGCUGUCGUCGCUCAUCUACGGAACUAAGGAAGGCCAGCAGCUCGACAAGGACAUUGAACGCUCCUUCUCGCAAGUCAUCGCUCGCGGAAAAUACGUCCACUCAAUCGUCUUCCACGAAGUCAAGCCCGACAAGGUGGAUGAAUAUGUCGACCUCAUCAGCACCUGGUAUCCCCGCAUGGCCCAAAUGGAGGAGAACAAAUUGCACCUGGUUGGCAGCUGGCGCACGCAAGUGGGCGAUAACGAUACUUUUGUCCACAUCUGGGAGUACCAGCGAUACGAUGGCUACCAUUCCUCAUUGCAUAGCAUCUCGCAACACCCGGAGUUCCCCGAAUUCGACCGCAAGCUGAAGAAGCUGAUCAAGAGCAAGAAAACAUCCCUCAUGCAAGAAUUCUCUUUCUGGCCCACGACCCCACCCCGUCGCCUGGGAGGUAUCUUCGAGCUCCGAUCGUACACUCUUCACCCCGGAAACCUCCUCGAAUGGGAGACGCACUGGCGACGUGGCCUCACAGCUCGUCGGGAGGUGAUGGAAGGUGUGGGCGCAUGGUUCGUGCAGAUUGGCGACUUGAACACGGUGCACCACUUGUGGCAGUUUGCGAACUUGGAAGAGCGCAAAAUCCGUCGGGAACAGUCGUGGCAGAUUGAAGGCUGGGCCGAGACCGUUCACAAGACGGUUCCACUGAUCCAGACCAUGCAAAGUCGGAUCCUGAUCCCGAUGCCGUGGAGCCCAGUUGGUUAAAUCCGGAGAGUGCCAUGACUAGGGCGAAUCUGGAACACUGGGGCGCUAUUAAUCUAUUUCUUAGCGCAACCUUAUCUCGAGCACCCCGUGGCCGGGCCCAGGUGCUCCAGCCAACCAACCUCGAUUGACUGUGGAAGUGAUUUUACUCAUAUGGAAGCUUGAUUGUUUGGGGGUGGUUCCGAAGAGGAAUUGGUUGACUGUCGACGACUUCAUGUCUUACAUUUUCCUGAUACCUGGGACAUCGGCCAUCGUACAUAUUUUUUUUUUUGGUGUAUCACAUAUGAUGUUCAGUGUUUAGUUUCGAGAAAUUCAAUUGAGAAAUGUCUACUUGAAUA